CUGUUUGUAGGCCAUAAAACAUCAUUAUUCAUUGUGUAGCUUGUCAGCAUCUAAUUAGACAUUUCUCAAACAUUAGGGCACAAAUGAAAACAACAGUCAAGAGGAAGACUUAUGAAGAUGGUGGAGCUCCUUUAUCCACUGAUUCACCAAAGAAGAGUACCAAAAAGGUGCUGGUUUCUAUGGCUCCCCCAGCCCCACCUAAAGUCAUCGCUGUGCCAACGUCUCAGGUUGUGGUGACUGCGGGUUUACAGCGGCCAACCACAGGUCCAUCUAGCAUUAAGUCAUCAAAGACGGCAGAUGUCACUCUCAGUGCACUGAAUGACUCUGAUGCCAACAGCGAUCUGGUAGAUAUUGAGGGCUUGGGUGAUAGUUCUACAUCUAAAAAGCUCAAUUUUGAUCAAGCAGAUAGUCUAAAUCUCGACUCCAGUCUCAUCAUGAAUUCCAGUGACUUGCCAUUGUUAUCCCGUUGAAAUCUUCUGCAACAUACAAUCAGGAAAAGGAACUAAUCAUGUCACUUCAGUGCGGGGUUCAGGAAACUUGCGUUUUUUAAUCUGGAGACAGUUCUCUUUUUUACAGGAAAAGACUCAUUUCUACGUUAAUAGUGAAGCUAGGCAUAUUUUACCAAUGAAGGACACAGUUUUAAGAGGCUGGCAAAUUUUGCUUAAUACAUUUUUCUGUUCUGGGUCCAAAAUUCAUCAUUUUAAAAUAAGUUAUUGUAAAGGCAUUGUGUAAAAAAAAAUUCAACCAUUAUCAAUAAAGUAUUAUGACCAUUA